AUGCGGGCCUUCUCACUUGUCGGCCUUCCCUCGUCUCUGCUGCUGCUCAUUACAGCCCAUGUCGGCGCAGAGAACCCCACGGCAAUCCGCAAAAUGUCACCAAACGCCGGCGAGAAGCUGCUCCCCGACGAUCUUGCUUUCGCCAAGGAUGUCUUCGAUACGCCGCUGACACCUCACGAGAAACUUCUUGCUGCCCGGAUGGCCGACGACGCUUUCCUCUACAACGCCUCCUACCCGCAUCGCCCGCCCUUUGCAUCACACAGCUCCCAGGCUGGUUUGGGCUGGGAGCAUUUCCGCCGGGCUAUCGACGUGUUGAACCUCCUCGAGAAAAGACAAGCUUGCCCCACGAAGAUGAACAGCUGUGAGACCAUCGGUUCGCCGGAUAAGUGCUGCAUGACCAACGAGGUGUGUGUGAAGGUGGUGGAUGAGAGUGUUGGAAACGUCGCUUGCUGUCCGGCGGGCGCAUCUUGCAACGGACCUGUUGGAAUCUGCCCCAUUGGCACAACAAGCUGUGCGGCGGAUGUUGGCGGUGGCUGCUGCAUUCCGGGUUACGUCUGCCAGGGUUCCGGCUGUAAGUACACUUUCGAACUCCCAAAGGACUUUGACUGA